AUGGAAUCCUUGAAGUGCAUCCGCAGCGACGUGAUGGUAAAUUACCUUUACCAGCAGGCUCUCACAAAAUCCUACGUCUCAGCCCUCGACUUGUGGCAGGGCAUCGUACUCAAAGAGAAGCGAGGAAAGUACUCAUGUUGUCCUCCACAGCUGUCAAUCUUCGAGAACGGCCUACUUGACAACGUCAAGAAGAUGAACGUAUGCUGUGCGAUGACAGAUUUGAUGAUCCUCGUGGUGUGGGACGAUGAUCCAGAGCAUCUGCUGCAGCGAGCUGAGGACUUGGAGGCAAGGUUCGUUAAGAUGAUCUGGGUUAACAGAGAAGAACAAGCCGAAGAGGAUGGGAAAGAAGAUCCGAAGGCACUAGCAGAUGAAGGAGUCGAGGCUGUGGACCCCGGAACAUUGGAGGCAGGAACGGCAGGGCAAGAAGAGCGGCCGGUCAUGUUCGUGAGCUCUAUCAUCGUGGCUUUCACGGUCUGCCUCGCUGUCACAUGCAUGGGCUUCGGCUGGAGGCGCCUGGCCAUGGAGUGCAAGGUGGACAAGAACUUUCUCCGGCUGGCGCUUCUUCUUCUCGCGCCCGUGCAACUAUUCUUCAGCAUGAUGCCGGUGUACAAAGAAGGCACGAAAGCUGUCAUCCGACCCACAGUCAUGUCCGUCAAGACUGCUAUCUCGCACUAUGAGAUGCAGGGUGGAACCGCCAACAUCUUCGUGAAUGAUGACGGUAUGCAGCUUCUCAGCGAGGAGGAUGCACAGGAACGUCGGGACUUCUAUGACGAGCACCAGAUUGGCUGGGUAGCAAGGCCAAGGCACGAUCCUUACGGCGAGCGCCCAUUCGUGCGUCGUGGAAAGUUCAAGAAAGCGUCCAACAUGAACUAUGCAAUGAGUGUAUCCAGAAGGGUUGAGGAGAAGCUGCACCAUGUCUCCCGGGACGAGGAUUGGACUGACCUGGAAGAACAACACGAGUAUCAAAACGCUCUUGCGGCGGUUCUCGAAGAGGACAAGGGGAGGACGUGGGCGGAAGGUAAUAUUCGCAUGGGUGACUACAUCCUCUUGAUUGACUGCGACACGCGAGUACCCAAGGAAUGUUUCCUAAAUGGGGUCAGUGAGAUGGAGCAGUCGCCACAAGUGGCAGUCCUUCAGUUCACGUCUGGAGUUUUGAAUGUCACAACCUCAUUUUUCGAACGAGGAAUUACGUGGUUCACGAACCUCAUCUACACAGCUAUAACCUAUGCCGUCUCAACGGGUGAUGUGUGCCCCUUUGUCGGCCACAAUGCUCUCAUGCGCUGGUCAGCCAUACAAACCGCAGCCGCCUUCGAAGACGAAGACGGAUACGAGAAGUACUGGUCUGAAUCCCACGUGUCUGAAGAUUUCGACAUGUCUCUAAGACUACAGUGUGCUGGCUAUUCCCUUCGGUACGCCGCUUACACAGGCGAUGGAUUCAAAGAAGGCGUGUCCCUGACAGUCUACGAUGAGCUCGCCCGUUGGGAAAAGUACGCAUAUGGGUGCAACGAGCUGCUCUUCCAUCCCUUCCGGUACUGGCUCACGCGAAGCCCGUUCACGCCGCUCUUCAGGCAAUUCGUCACGGCGCGCCAAAUACCCCUCCCGAAGAAGAUCACCAUCUGCUCUUACAUCGGGACGUACUACGCCAUCGGGUCGGCGUGGCUGCUCACGGUGACAAACUACCUCCUGACGGGUUGGGGUUUCGGGCUAUACGAGAAGUACUACGCCGACUCUUUCUCCAUCCUAUUCAGCGUCAUCAUGGUUUUCACGGGGCUGGGAAACCUGUCGCUGGCGGUGCUUCGGUACCGGCUUGAGAAGGGCUCGCUUGUCGGCAACUACCUGAACAACGCCAAGUGGAUCCCGAUGCUCACCAUCUACCUGGGGGGAGUCUCGCUGCACGUGUCGCAGGCGAUCCUGAGCCACUUUUUCGAGAUCGAGAUGAAUUGGGGCGCGACGUCCAAGGAGCUGCGCGACGUCAGCUUCCACGAGGAGCUGGGUAAUGUCCUCAAGAAGUUCAAGGGCACGUUCCUCUUCUGCCUGGCCAGCACGCUCGCGAUCCUGCUCGGCUACUGGGUCGUGCCGUACCAGUGGCAGAUCCGGGACUUUGCGUCGAUAUUUCCGUUCGCGAUGCUGGUGGGGUGCCACUUCCUGCUGCCGAUCGUGCUGAACCCGGCCCUGAUAAUGUUGAGCUGGUAA